AAGAAUUAAUUAAUUAAACAAAAAAAAAAAAUGUCUUAAUUACAUUGGGAAUUAGUUAAAAAUUUCAACUGCUACUAAUUAAAAAAUUUCGGAUAAAAAUUCACUAAGGAUCCUUAUUCAUUAACAGGAAAAAACACUUUUUAUGGAUCAGGAUUUUUACACUUAAGUGGUCUUGCUUUAAAUAAAGGUGAAAAAAGCACAGUCGUUGCCUCGUUGAGAAAAAAUUAAACCCAUAAAAAAGUUAGAAAAAGCGGAAAUCUUGAAGGCGCCUAAUUAAAUGUAAAAAGUGGAUUCUAAAGAGUUGCAAAAGUUAUCAGAAAAACAUUUUAAACUAAAGGUGUUAGAUAAGCAGCCCUUAGAAAACUUGUUAACUUCCACAGAGCUAGCGUUAGAGCAUAAGUUAAUGCCAAAGCAUAAAAGAAAUGAUUAAAAUUUUUUAAAAUAAAAAAUUAUUUUAUAUAAUGUUAAUGAAUUUUUUUUUAUUUAAAUAAAAAUUAACAAUAAAGUAAAAUAUUUAAACAUUUUAAAUAUAAUUUUUUUA